AUGCUUGUCGCCUUGAUCGGCAUCCCUAAAACAACAAUCACAACAAUAACAGUGACGACAACAACAGCAACAACAACUACAGCAACGACAGCGACAACAACAUCAACAACAACAACAACAGCAUCAACGACAUCAACAACAACAACAUCAACGACAUCAACAACAACAACAUCAACGACAUCAACAACAACAACAUCAACGACAUCAACAACAACAACAUCAACGACAUCAUCAACAAUAACAUCAACGACAUCAUCAACAACAACAACUCCAUGCAAUAGAUUUCCGACACAAGUGAUUUAUUCAAUUGGCACUAACCCGGCAUCUGUGGCAGCAGUCGAUGUCAAUGGAGACAGCAAACCCGAUAUUAUUGUCGCAAACUACGGUCCAGACAACGUCGGUGUUCUCCUCAACAAUGGCAAUGGCACGUUUGCUGCUCAGGUGACCUAUUCAACUGGCACCGAUCCAUGGUUUGUGAUAGUAGUCGAUGUCAAUGGAGACAGCAAACUCGAUAUUAUUGUCGCAAACUACGUUUCAAACAACGUCGGUGUUCUCCUUAACAAUGGCAAUGGCACAUUUACUGCUCAAGUGACUUAUUCAACCGGUACUAACCCGGUGUCGGUGGCAUCAGCCGAUGUCAACGGAGACAGCAAACUCGAUAUUAUUGUCGCAAAUCACGGUUCACACAACGUUGGUGUUCUCCUCAAUAAUGGGAACGGGACGUUUGCUGCUCAAGUGACCUAUUCAACUGGCACUAACCCGGUGCGGGUGGCAGCAGCCGAUGUCAACGGAGACAGCAAACCCGAUAUUGUCGUCGCAAACGACGGUCCAGAUAACGUCGGUGUUCUCCUCAACAAUGGCAAUGGUACGUUUGCUACUCAAGUGACCUAUUCAACUGGCAUUAACCCGUAUUCGGUGGCAGCAGUCGAUGUCAAUGGAGACAACAAACCCGAUAUUAUCGUCGCAAACGAUGGUCCAGAUAACGUCGGUGUUCUCCUCAACAAUGGCAAUGGAACGUUUGCUGCUCAAGUGACCUAUUCAACUGACACUGAUCCAUAUUCGGUGGCAGCAGCUGAUAUCAAUGGAGACAUUAAACUCGAUAUUAUUGUCGCAAAUUACGGUUCCAACAACGUCGGUGUUCUCCUCAACAAUGGCAAUGGCACGUUUGGUGCUCAAGUGGCUUAUUCAACUGGCUCUAACCCGCAUUCGGUGGCAGCAGUCGAUGUCAAUGGAGACAACAAACUUGAUAUUAUUGUCGCAAAUUACGGUUCAAAUAAUGUUGGCGUUUUGUUAGCUGUUUGCAACUAA